AUGGUUGCGAUUGUCGAAUAUCCGAAUCAUAACACAAGGCUUGGCGAUGGAAUCCAAAUCUUGAAGACUCCAGAAAAGAGGGUAGAAGUUCAAAUUGACGAGGAUGUAAUUUUGAAAACGCACAUUUCUGGCUUGGAGCCAGACUCUGUUACAUGGGUCAAGCAUCAGUCUCAGUUGGAAAUUAAUGACAAAUACAGUUAUGGAAGAAAAGGGCCUGAUUACAGUCUGCAGAUCAACUCUGUGAGGUGGUAUGAUUCGGGAGUUUAUAAGUGUUUAGUCAAUGGAAAAGAAAUCUGCCGAACAGAAGUCAACGUCAAGGCGUCGGCUCAAAUGGAAACUUCGAUGGGCGCCCCGACCUUUCUUUCUCGCCCUGAGCCGCACAAUGUUCCUGAAGGAGAUACAAUCGUUUUGAGCUGCACAGCUGAUGGAAUGCCGAUGCCCUCGAUGAGAUGGCUCAAAGAUGGACAGCAAAUAAACUCUGACGGGAGAUUUGAGUUGAGUCCGGCAAAGGGACCAACCCACUGGAUAACAGUGAAAAACGUCAGGCCUGAAGAUUCGGGAAAAUACUCUUGCAUCGCCGAAAACUCCAAAGGAACCGCCUGGUGCGCUGUCAACGUCCAAGUCUCUCCAGAAGGAACCGAAGUGCCUCAACAAUACCAAUCCGCCCCAAUGUUUACCUCAAAGCCAAAAUCCUGCCGAGUCGCCAGCACAACUGACUGCCUCCUCCGAUGUGCCGUCCGCGGAGUUCCGCAGCCACGAGUCACGUGGUAUAAGAAUGGAGCGAGCAUAGAAGGACACAGUGGAAAAUAUCUCGCGGAUUCGAAGGGGCACGGAAUUCAUACGCUGAAGAUUCUUGAUGUCGAUAGACAGGAUGCAGGAGCGUACUCGGUUAUCGCAGAAUCUGCGGCGGGAGAAGCAAGUUGUUCCUGUACCGUCGAGGUUUAUAAUUUGGAACCUCUUUCAGAAAAUUUCAAACCAGUCGUUUCAUUCGGAAAUCCGAACGAGCCGCAAAAAAUAGCAAAAAAAUCUGUUUGCGUCACUGCUGGCAAGACCGCCCGACUGACCCUAGAAGUAAAUGGCUCUCCUCUACCUGAAGUAACUUGGUACAAAGACGGAAAGAAGAUCUACCAAGGGAAGCGAUUUGCAAUCAUCGAGCAGGGCAAUAAUUUCUCGCUGAAGAUUUUGAGGAUUUGCAAGGAAGAUGAAGGCAUUUAUGAAUGUUGCGCGAUCAACAAAGCUGGAAUUGGUCGAGCUGUUGUGGAUCUAACCGUAAAAGAACAAGAAGUCUUCCGGCCCGUGAAAUCAUCGAGAUUGGUCGUAGUCGAUGAAGGAAAAGAUGCGUUCUUGGCAGUUGACGUCGUCGAUGCAAAAUUUCAAGUUGUUUGGUCAAAGGAUGGGGAAGAUAUUGAACAGGAUGACAAAUUCAAAUUGAUGUGUGCUGGAAACAAAAGGAUACUGAAAAUUGUCAAGGCGCAAAAAUCUGACCAGGGCCACUGGCGAGUGCGCGCAGCUGGCCGUGAAGUCAUCGUUGAGCUUCGCGUCAAUGCAAUAAAUCAAAUCCUUGUUGCUCCUGUCACGUCAAAAUGGGUCUGCGCUGGGGAUGAUCUUGUUCUUGAUGCUGAGCUCGCGCCCUCUGCAGACAAGAUUUCCUGGUUUUUGAAUGACAAACCGCUGUCUGCCGAUCCACGAGUGGAUGUUGCCCCAACUUCGGAGAAUGGCCUGAGAUUGACGAUCAAAGACAUGAAAGGAGAAGACGGAGGAGUGCUGAAGCUUCAAGCAGGAUCUGGUAGCUCUGAGACCCACGUGACUGUAGUCGAGGCUCCUGUUGGCCUAAGACUUAGGAAAGAAAAAGAGAAGGAGCUGGAAGCGCGCUGGAACCUUCUCCCUGAAAGCAGAAGCCUUGGAUUCUAUGAGGUUCAGCUCGGCUCCACAACAGGAAAAUCAAGCAUCAAGGUUGACUGGGACUCAAAUCGCCUCGUAAAAACUGAUGGAAAUCGAAAUAUGUUCAAAGAUCUAUCUCCUGGAUACUACACUUUCCGUGUAAGAGCCAUAACUCCAGCUCCUGUUCCCGACCGACCAGAGAAAGGACCGUGGGCGAUUCUCCCUGAGCCAGUUCUCCUCGAAGCUGGCGCUGUUCUCACUCGAGGUCUUGUUGACACUUCCGUUAUGGAAGGAGAAACUUGUCGACUGUCAAUUGAGUGCGGUGGGACAGUCAGAGGCGCAAGCUGGUAUUUGAAUGGCGCGAAGGUUUCCAACGACUUCGUAUCUAUUGAGGGAGAAACUCAUCAACUCGUUCUUCGGGAUUUGAAGGAACCUGGUCUUGCCCAUGUUGCCUGGAAAUGCGGAGAUCUAGAAACUGAAUGCAUGUUGAAUGUCACUGGAAAGCCCCCUCGACUCGUCCGCGGCCUCCAAUCGCAACAAGUCCUUCCCGGAACUGAUGUCGUCUUUUCUGUUCGACUUUCUAAACAAGGAACUCUCAAGCCCGAAUGGUCCAUCAAUUCUCUCCCCAUUCCAGAGUCGAAUACAAGAAUAAUUCCAGAGCAGCGAGAUGAGUUGUAUAUUCUCACAAUCAAGAAAUGCACAAGAGCGGAGAAUGGCGAAAUUGAGUUUGAGCUGCCUCUGGAAGAAGGAAAUUCGAUCUUUUCAAAAGCGACACUUGAGGUUGAGAAGCCAAAACCAGCUAUUGAUCAGCCCUUGGCGAGCAAAACGGUGGUCGAUGAGGAUGAAGACGCUAAGUUUUAUUUCUAUUGCGACCCAUCAAAGAUGCAUCUUGUUAAAUGGUACCACAACGACAAACUCGUCCAAAACAGCAAAAAGUACAAAAUCGAAGCAAUCGAAUCUACGGGCGAAGCCGUCCUCACCCUCAUUGGUUGUUCCAUGGCCGACGCUGGAAAAGUCGAAGCCCGCCUCGAUGCAGAAAUCACAUCCUCCGACUUCACCGUCAAUCAGGGUCCAGCCAAGUUCACCUGCUCGAAUAUUCAAAAGAUGUCAACUCAAUGUGGCCAAAGUGUGGAUUUGAAAGUCACUGUCAGCAGAUCAGAUGCAGUUGUCAAAUGGACAAGAGACGGUGAAGAGCUCAAUGAUCCUCGAAUUUCAACUUCUGAAAAUGGAUGUGACAGAAUUUUAAAAAUAACUCAAGUUCGACACCCAGGCGAUAGCGGGGUCUACAAAUGCGAAGUCGUCGAUGAUCGUCGACAAGAUGAGGUUACCAUCGAUCUUGAAGUUCAAAAAGCCUUCGAAACCUUCCUCACACCCCUGCAAGCCAAUUACGAAUGCGUCGAGGGAGACGUACUUGUCAUGGAAUGCGAGGUCUCCGCAGAAGAUGCAAUGGUUCAAUGGAUGAAGGACGGGGUCAUGAUUUCCAAGGCAGCAAAACUUUCCACAGAAUCAGUCGACCCGUCCUCCGUUGACUGCUACAUCGGGGAGUGCAUCGUUUUGUUCUGUGAAAUCAGUCACGCGGAGCACAAGGUUAUCUGGCUCAAGAACGGCGAAGAAAUAUCCGAAAAGUCGAAGCAUUUUACAAUUUUCGUCGAUGGUUGCAUCCGAAAACUACGAAUUGCAAAUUCAAAAGAAGAUGACACUGCUGAGUACACUGUCGCCUGGGCCGAGAAUCACAAAGAAAAAAGAACAGCGAAAGUUGGCGUGACAAAACCGCCAAUAGAAGUGCUUCAUCCGCUUCAAGAUCUAGAAAUCGAGGAGGGCGAUGUUGCGGAGUUCGUCAUUGAAGUUUCCCGGCCACUAAAAAUUGCGUUUUUCCUCGACGACGAGGAGCUCUUCCACUCUCCAGGAGAAAUUGAAAUUGAGUCCGAAGCUGAUUCUACCAUCCAUCGAAUUUUCAUCUUCAACACCACCGAGGCCGACUCUGGUUGCAUCAAAGCCAAAGCUGUUACAUACGGCGAGUUCAUAAGCGAAGCAGUUCUUGAUGUUGUUCGUCCGCCAAUUCACUUCACUUCGCCUCUCAGAGACGCUGUCGUUGAGAUGAAGAAUAAGCUGACUUUGACUUGCGAGAUUAGUGAGGACGCUCCUGUCCAGUGGUUGUUCAACGACCAUCCGCUAUCAGAAGGUCCAGAUAUUCAUGCCCUGGCCACCGAUACCAUCCGACAGCUGGUCAUUCAUUCUGCUGCGAUGCAACAUGAAGGCUACUACACAUGCGUCACUCCUGAUAUGCGCAGAACGACCUGCGAAGUCUACGUCCAGAAACCGGAAGUAAAAUUCAUCGAGCAACUGGAAGACAUUGAAUGCUUUGUUGGAGACAGCAUCAGUGCCAAAAUCCGUUUGUCCGUCGCCGACGCUGGGGGUAUCUGGGAAUGGGACCAUCAGCAUCUUGAAGCUGUGCCCGGAGAAGUGGAGCUGUUCAGAGAGCAUGAGGAGCACAGAAUAACGGUUGCGAAUAUAAAAGAAACUGGUGUUCUUGGAUUUGUUGUUUCCAAGAACUGUAGCUCGAUCUGUAAGGUAACGGCCAAAGAACGACCGAUCAAAUUCAAGCGACGAUUGGAUGAUCUGGAAGCAAUUGAAGACGAUCCAUUCACGCUCGAGUGCGAACUUACAAUGGAUAAGUUGGAGGGAGAAUGGACCUUCGAAGAUGAGCCAAUCAGACUUGGCGAAAUGUUCAAAUAUGAAAUCGAAGGUGGCGUUCACCGACUUAUUGUCGCCAAGGCUCAAUAUGAUACUGCUGGAAAAUAUGGCUUCAGAUGUGGCAAGAAGUUCACCUUUUCUGCGGUCAGCAUGAAGGAACUCGAGGUGGAUAUUCUUUCUGGACCGACGGAUUUGCAAAUCAAGGAAGGAAAACAAUUCUGCCUCUCAGUCGUUGUUUCCAAUCCAAAAGCACAUAUUCAAUGGAGAAAAGACGGAUAUCCAAUCCUCGGCGGCGAACACUUUCAAUUCAUCAGAGUCGCGGCUGGCGAACCUGGGGGACCACCUGAGGGAGUUCGAUAUGUUCUCCAGGUCGAGCAGGCUAAGAACUCCGACCAGGGAAUGUAUUCCUUCGACGCUCAUAAUGGCAGGGCCACUUGCACUGCUAAGGUUCAUGUCAAACGAGAACCUGCAGUCGUCACUACUCCUCUUGAAGCUCUCAAGGUUCUUGACAGCGUUGAUUCAGUCGACUUCGAAGUCAAGUUCUCCAGAGCUGAUGUCAAGGCCACCUGGUCGAGAGACAACAGAAUUCUCCGAGGAAACCGAUUUGUUGCGACUCGCGUGGAUGAUCUCACCUGGCAUCUUACAGUCAAGAACCCGACCGAGGAAGAUUCAGGUCUUUACUGCGUCGAGUGUGAGGAUUGCGCCAGCCACGCUAUGCUUCGGGUGAUUCCAUGGAAGACGGAGAUUGUCGAACCACUGCAAUCACUCACUGCAGAACUUAAUUCCAAGGCAGAGUUCAAGACUGCUGUUUCCCUCGACAAUAUCAAGCCCGAAGAAGUCACCUGGUUCUGGAACGAUGAGCCAGUUUCUUCAGAUGAUGAUCGAUUUGCAUUCAACAUCGAGGACGACUACAUCCACUCAUUCACUGUUCUUCGAGUUGAGGAAGAAAUGCUUCAUUCUGUUGUCAAAUUCAAAGCGAGAGAUGCCGCCACAGAAGCCAAACUUCUCGUUUAUGUACCACCAGCGCCACCAAAACAUUUACGAGUCGUCAAGAACAAGCACGAUUGGGCAAUUUUGCAGUGGGAUGCUCCCGAAAAUCCUGGAACGCUUCCAAUUAUUGGAUACGAGCUUGAAUGCCGAGUCGAGGAGGAAAAAUGGGCGCCAAUCGGCCCCGAUCUCAUCACUACAAAUUCGACGAAAAUCGAGGAUUUGGAAGGAGGAGUCGAGCAUCGAUUCCGCGUCAAAGCAGUCACUGCUCAUGGCUCCGCAGCAGCUUCGAUCACUACCGAUCCUCUGAUUCCAUGGGUGCCACUCAAGGUCUCCAAGCAUCUUCCCAGCGCUAUUUCCUGCUAUGAAGGCGAUCGACCAAAACUGGAAUGCAAAUUCACCCUCACUGAAGAGCAAGAACAAUGUGAAUGGUACCACGAAUCUGAUUUGAUAGAAUUUGGCCCGUCGAACAAGGAAUAUUUGAAUCUAUCCGACGGUGUUCGCCGAAAACUUGAAAUCAUCUCGGCCAGGCUAGAUCAAUCCGGCUUGUACAUGUGCAAAGUUGGCGACUUUACGACCGAGUGCAUUCUCGAAGUCACCAAACGCCCUGCUGACUUCUCUGUGAAAUUCGAAAGUCAAAAAGGAAAACUCGGUGAAAAUAUCAAAUUCACUUGCAAUGUCGAAAAGCCAGAUGUCAAUGUCAUUUGGAUGAAAAACGGUGUCGAACUUCCUGAUUCCGACCGAUACAAGAUCUCCUGGGACGAUUGUGUCCACACUCUAGAAAUUGACAAUGCAGUGCAAGAUGACAAGGGCGAGUACAGUGCGUUGAUAAUGAACACUGAGAAUAUUUGCUCCGCCAAUUUGGACAUUGAAGUUCCAGAAAUCUCUCUCGAGCUCGAUGAAAAGACAUUGGCGAAACCAGGAGGACAUCAUACUUUCUCCGUCAUGCUUGAAGAAGAAAACGUCCACGUGACUUGGUCGAAGGACGGCAAAGUCCUCGAAAAUGGCGAGAAAUAUAAAAUCAGGACUGAUAAACGAUGGUACCACAUGGAGAUCUAUGAUAUCGACAAGUUCGAUGAAGGUUCUUAUCAAUGUCAAAUCGAAGGAUCAGACGUCAUCACCACCGCUUUCUUGCAAGUCGAUGAUGUCAAACAUCUCCCAAGCUUCGAUGCAGACGCAUAUAUCGCGAACGUCCUUGCUGACUCUGACGAAGACAGCGCCGAGGAUGAAUACUCUGCCGGAAGACAUCACCGGGCUUCGAUGGAAUUGGCGUCUAUCGAAGUUGUUCCAGCGAAGAAACCAGAAUUUCAUACUUAUCAAGAGAUUGUCGAAAUUAUUGAAAUUGAAGAACGAGUUCCCGCUUCUCAUACUCACACGGAAUCAGAAGAUCUCUUAUCAGAUGCUACUGAUAGCGAUAUAGAUGGAAGCAUUCUUUCCGACGAAGAAUCGGAGGUCGACAUUGGCGAAUUCACAUCGCUAGGUUUCAAGCCUCUUCCAGACCUCCCAACUCAUAUUCGUGACCAAAUUGCGUCCCCGACUCCAUCUCGUGCGACUUCAAUGCGUGGUGCUCCUACUCCAGGACUUGCUAGAAUCAUCACUGAGGCUGGAGAUGGCAAGACAGAUUCACCCUCAUUAGACCUUGUCCGAAAACGAAAACCAGAAGAUAUCGUCAAAGAAAUUGAGUCGAUUGCUAGAAGUCCCUUGCCAACUUUGAGUCCUCUUCCUGCAAGGGUGCACCUUGAUGUGCCGGAUUCGGAUGAUGAUAUUUUGUCAGAUGGAGAUGAGACAGAGUCGGAUGAGGAAUCUGUGCUCUCUGACGCUUCUUCAGAUGAAGAGACUGAGAACAGAAAUGAAGGAGUUUGGGCGAGUGUCAAUGUUGGCGACGAAAAACUCAAAUCAGAAGUCAAAAUCGACGUCGCUGAGGCUGAAAACGUCAUCGAAACUGUCGAAAUCGAUGUCCACACAACCAAAUCCUUCACCUCUCAUUUCGAACUCGUCAAAACCGAAGUUGAGCAGGGCAAUUAUGAAGAAGUCGUUGUCAAUGUUGAUGAAGGUAUCAACAUUUCCGUCGAGUUCACUGGCAAACCUGCUCCAAAAGCGACCUGGGUUCGAGAAGGAGGAUUGCCUGUCGAGGCGGUAGUGAAGACUACUGAAGAAUCAACCAGUCUUAUCAUUGAUAAUGCGAAGGCUGAGCAUGCAGGAACUUAUGGCCUCGUUCUUGAAAAUGAUUAUGGUGCCCAAGCAGCCGCUUUCAAGGUUGUCAUGGAACUAGAGCCGAAUAAAGAAGAAUAUCUCGAUGCUCAAGCUGUCUUGGCUCAAGCUGAACAUGCUUAUCACCUCCAAUUCAAGGACGAAGCUGAAACUUCUGAAAAAGCAAGAAAAACUCUCGAAGCAGAAUAUGGAGAAUCCUUAACAAUUGAGCACGAAAUUCAAGGGCGUGCUGAGUAUGUUGAAUGGGAUCUCGAAGGCUCAGCUGAGUAUUUCGAGGGCGAAAUGACAUACAAAAACGGAGUUACCACUGCUCAACUCUUCAUCGAUUCAGUCACUGAUGCCACUUCUGGAACUUACGUCUGUACCGCGUCCGCCGGAGGAACUAAGAUCUCCAAGAAGACCGUUGUCUUGGUUCGCGAGGAGACAAGCUUCAGCGAGUCCGAUGUCAUCAUAAAAGAAGGCCUCAAGGUUGAUGGCUCCAAAGCUUCGUACGAAGAGGUUUACGAAGAAGGAAGCUUCAGACGAAAAUCUGAAAAAGCGCAGAAAUUGAGGAAGACUACAAAGAUUGAGACGAAGCGAAAUGAUCAGCCAGAACUGUUUGAAAUUGUAGUUGAUCAUGCUGAGGAAAAUAUCCAGUGGAAGAAGGGUCAGAUCGUCACCGUCAAAGAAAAGCAUUCUGGCGAUUGGUGGGAAGUCCAAGUCGAAACUCGCGACGGUUCGAAACACACUGGCGGAAUCAAGCCAUGGCGUCUUUCUGAAUUCCAACCGACUAGUCGCGAUGACAACCCAACCACGAUCUAUCGUCAGCUCGCGUGGCAAGAAUCAGAGCUCAAGAAAUCAAUGAAUCGACUGACUCUCAAUGAUCCGGAGCUGAAAGUCUUGUUAGAUCAAGUGAUGAAUUCAAGAACAGCACUUUAUGGAGCGCUGCAGGACUCGAUUGUCGAUGCGGAUUUGCUUCUUUCAGCUAUGGAGCCACUGGAAUUCGCCGCUCAUUCACAUCUCAUCGCUCAAAUCGAGCUCAAGCAAUCCAUGCUCUCGAAAUCAGAAUUAUUUGAGCUUCGAAAGAUCAAGGGCCAUCUCAUGGGCUGGCUUGUCCACCUAAAAGCACUCCUUCGACGAGCCUCUGCCGCCGAAGCUUCCAUUCUUAUCGAUGCUCUCGAUGCUACUGCGCUGAUGUUACAUCGAGCAGAUUUGCUGCUCAUGUGGGGACAUAUCGAGAACUCCCCGAUGGAUGCGAACGUUUGGGGCUGUCCUGAGCGACAAGGAAAAUUGACGAAGCUGAGCGCCUCUAGAAUCGCUGCGGAUAUCUAUUCAUCGGACAACUCAUCGGACAAUGCAAGAUAUUUGUUCUUGUUUCCUGGAAGACUAGCAAUUUGUCGCCGAGACCCUGACAAAUCUGGAUAUCAAUUCGUCAAAGCAGUCCAUUUCCAGAAUACGCAAAUUUCUCGAGGAUUUGGUGGGAACCCUGCUGCUUUUGAAAUCGUCACUCAUGAUCAUGCAAAACUCGAAAGGAUGGCUUUCGAAUGCUCCUCCAUCGGCCAGUGCGACAUUUGGUGCAAGGACAUUGAGGCGGAGUUGAGGAGAGCCAUGCUUUCUCAGUUCACAAGACCAGCACGCUCUACCGGAGCUCCACAAAUCACAAAAGAGCUCGAAACGGCCAUGGUCCGCAUCGGUGAGCCAUUCGAGCUCAAAUGCACCAUCUCCGGCCAGCCUACUCCUCACGUGAUCUGGAUGAAAGACAGGAAGAACAUUCAGAGCUCAGAUGACUUGAUCCUUGCCUCGAAAAGUGGGGUCUAUUCACUUUUCGUCAGGGCUGCGAAAAAGGCCGAUCAGGGAACUUACAGGGUCAUCGCGAAAUCCGCUUCGGGUGAAGUAAUGUCCCAAUGUACAGUUACAGUCAUCGGCAAAUCUCACAAAAGCUCCGAAUCAUCAAUCGACACCACAAAAACCAUCCAUUCCGACUCCCCUGACGCUCUCCCUAAGAACUCCAAAAAGCCCGCCCGGCCAAGAAGCCUGGGAAAACUCAAAAUCAUCCAGUCCCUCGACAGUAUUUGCGAAAUGUGCGACGAUUUGAUAAAUCGCAAGGAACAAAUGUCGCUCGAAAAAGCAAGGAGUAUUGAAGAUUUGACGGCGAGUUUGGAAAGAUUUGGGAUAUUGGAGGAAGAAGAGAUCAAUGCGGAUUUGUUUGCGGAGCUUGAUGAAGUAAUUGGAGGAUUUAUGCAGCUCAGUAAACAGCAUUUUGUCGUUCAGUCAACCCUAACAAUCGACAAACACAGCGUCAGCACAACCAACAUCGAGGAACUAGCCAACCACAUGGACCCACAACUCGCUCCUCGAAUCAUCAUUCCACCAACAAAUGUCGAUUUCUUUGAAGGCAAACCUUUUCAACUCCGCGCCGUUGUAGCUGGAAUACCCAAGCCACAGAUUCGCUGGUACAAGUCAAAAAUGAUUUUGGACUCGAACACGAGAAUGGUCGAUGUUCUUGGGAAGUAUAUUUUGACGGCGGAUAAUAUUCAUGGAUCGGCGGAGGCGUGCGCGAUGGUGAAAUAUGGAGCAAUGAGACCAGUUUCGAUUAAUAUUUCUAACUCAACUUCGAGCAUUGAUGAGACGUCAGUUUAUACUGCUAGGUCGGAUUCCGAAUAUACUUGUGUUCCGCGAGAUUCUGAAAAUGAGACCGAAAUCGAGACCGUUAUUGACUACAAAAAGGAUGAGUCAAAUCAGCUUUUGAAAAGUGACGAUUUUAACUCGACGAAAUCCAGCGAGGAUAGCGAUGCUGUUCUGUAUAUUCCUUCUUCUGAUUCCGAAUAA